GUCUCGCGACUCGCACACAAGCCUACGGUCCCGUUCCCCCGCCGCCGCCUCGUUUCGCCGUUUCGCUGUGGUCGUCGGGUGGUAGCGAGAAGAGAUGGCGGGCCGUGGCAAGGCGAUCGGCGCGGGCGCGGCGAAGAAGGCGACGUCAAGGAGCUCCAAGGCUGGGCUCCAGUUCCCCGUCGGCAGGAUCGCCAGGUUCCUCAAGGCCGGCAAGUACGCCGAGAGGGUUGGUGCCGGCGCCCCCGUCUACCUCGCCGCCGUCCUCGAGUACCUCGCCGCUGAGGUCCUGGAGCUUGCGGGUAACGCUGCUCGUGACAACAAGAAGACUCGUAUCGUGCCGCGCCACAUCCAGCUGGCGGUCCGCAACGACGAGGAGCUGACGAAGCUGCUCGGCGGCGCAACCAUCGCGAGUGGCGGCGUGAUGCCCAACAUCCACCAGCACCUGCUCCCCAAGAAGGCCGCCUCGUCCAAGGCCUCCAGCCACGACGACGACGACUGAGGAAUUCGGGCGCCGCCGGGAUUCGACCGCCGUUUUGUUGCUGGUUUCGUAGGAGUAGCAGUCUGUUGUCGUGGUGAUACCCUUGAGAGCUAGAUGCGGGGAUUGGGCAAGUAGGAAGAAAAGGUUGCGAUAGGUUCUUGGCUGGUUGGCUAUGUUCUUUGAAUGGGAUGUGAAUACGGCAAAGUUUUUGGGUUUUGAAACUCAGGGAUGUAAGCCAGAUGAUGUUUAAAUUUAUCGAUGAAGAAAUGGGAAGAAGGUGAAACUUCGAUCAAA